AUGAGUAAACUGUCGUUUCGGGCGCGGGCGCUAGACGCCUCGAAGCCGCUGCCGGUUUUCCGCUGUGAGGAUCUGCCCGACCUGCACGAAUACGCCUCGAUAAACCGAGCCGUGCCGCAGAUGCCCACCGGAAUGGAGAAGGAAGAGGAGUCGGAACACCAUCUUCAGCGGGCUAUUUCAGCACAACAAGUAUAUGGCGAGAAGAGGGAUAAUAUGGUUAUACCUGUCCCAGAGGCAGAAAGUAAUAUUGCUUACUAUGAAUCUAUAUAUCCUGGGGAAUUUAAGAUGCCAAAGCAGCUCAUUCACAUACAGCCUUUUAGUUUGGAUGCUGAACAGCCUGACUAUGAUCUGGAUUCUGAAGAUGAAGUAUUUGUGAAUAAACUAAAAAAGAAAAUGGACAUCUGCCCAUUGCAGUUUGAGGAGAUGAUUGAUCGUCUAGAAAAAGGGAGUGGUCAGCAGCCAGUCAGUCUGCAGGAAGCCAAAUUACUGCUAAAAGAAGAUGAUGAAUUAAUUAGAGAAGUUUAUGAAUACUGGAUUAAAAAGAGAAAAAACUGUCGAGGGCCAUCUCUUAUCCCAUCAGUAAAACAAGAAAAGCGAGAUGGUUCUAGCACAAAUGAUCCUUAUGUGGCUUUUAGAAGACGAACUGAAAAAAUGCAGACUCGAAAAAAUCGCAAAAACGAUGAAGCCUCUUACGAAAAAAUGCUUAAGCUGCGUCGAGAUCUAAGUCGGGCUGUUACUAUACUAGAGAUGAUAAAAAGAAGAGAAAAGAGUAAAAGGGAGCUAUUGCACUUAACACUGGAAAUUAUGGAAAAGAGGUAUAAUUUGGGUGACUACAAUGGAGAGAUUAUGUCUGAGGUCAUGGCACAGAGACAGCCAGUGAAACCUGCUUAUGCCAUCCCCAUCAUCCCUAUCACUAACAGCAGUCAAUUUAAACACCAGGAAGCAGUGGAUGUGAAGGAGUUUAAAGUUAAUAAGCAAGAUAAAGCCGAUCUUAUCCGACCUAAACGUAAAUAUGAAAAGAAGCCCAAAGUCUUACCAUCAUCUACUGCUGCUGCUCCUCAACAGACAAGUCCUGCUGCACUGCCAGUCUUUAAUGCUAAAGAUUUAAAUCAGUAUGAUUUCCCCAGCUCAGAUGAAGAACCUCUUUCCCAGGUUUUGUCUGGUUCUUCGGAAGCUGAGGAAGAGAAUGAUCCUGAUGGUCCAUUUGCUUUCCAUAGGAAAGCAGGCUGUCAGUACUAUGCUCCUCACUUAGACCAGACUGGCAACUGGCCUUGGACUAGUCCUAAGGACGGAGGAUUAGGAGAUGUACGAUACAGAUACUGCUUAACUACCCUCACCGUACCCCAAAGGUGUAUUGGAUUUGCACGAAGACGGGUUGGGCGCGGUGGAAGGGUCUUACUGGACAGAGCUCACUCAGACUAUGACAGUAUGUUUCGCCAUCUGGAUUUGGAAAUGCUUUCCUCACCACAACAUUCUCCAGUCAAUCAGUCUGCCAUUACCUCAGAAACAAAUACCUCGGACAAAUCUUUCUCUAAAGACCUCAAUCAGAUACUAGUCAAUAUCAAGUCAUGUAGAUGGCGGCAUUUUAGGCCUCGGACACCAUUCCUACAUGACAGUGACAAUGAUGAACUCUCCUGUAGAAAAUUAUAUAGGAGUUUAACUCGAACAGGAACAGCACAACCUGGGACCCAGACAUGCAGUACCUCUACACAAAGUAAAAGUAGCAGUGGUUCAGCACACUUUGCAUUUACAGCCGAACAAUACCAGCAACAUCAACAGCAACUGGCACUAAUGCAGAAACAGCAGCUUGCACAAAUUCAGCAACAGCAAGCAAAUAGUAAUUCCUCCACCAACACUUCACAGGGUUUUGUUUCCAAGACUUUGGAUUCUGCUAGUGCUCAAUUUGCUGCUUCUGCUUUGGUGACAUCAGAACAGUUGAUGGGAUUUAAGAUGAAGGAUGAUGUGGUGCUUGGGAUCGGGGUGAAUGGCGUCCUUCCGGCCUCAGGAGUAUACAAGGGCUUACACCUCAGCAGUACUACACCAACAGCACCAGUACAUAUAAGUUCGUCAGCAGCAGGUUCAACUUUGUUACAGCCUUCAAACAUCACACAGACUUCAAGUUCCCACAGUGCACUGAGUCAUCCAGUAACUGCUGCCAAUUCUGCAACAACUCAGGUUCUGAUUGGGAACAACAUUCGAUUAACUGUACCUUCAUCAGUUGCCACUGUAAACUCUAUUGCCCCCAUAAAUGCACGGCACAUACCUAGGACUUUAAGUGCUGUUCCAUCGUCUGCCUUAAAGCUGGCUGCCGCAGCAAACUGUCAAGUUUCCAAGGUCCCAUCUUCAUCCUCUGUAGAUUCAGCCCCAAGGGAAAAUCAUGAAUCAGAGAAGCCAGCGCUAAACAGCAUAGCAGACAAUACAGUAGCGAUGGAGGUGACGUAG